AUGACCGGCCUUGCUGAAGCCCUUGACGCGGCUGGGCCGCGAUCCCAACGAGCCAACUCAUUGACGCCUUCCCUUGCAGGCGAAGCUGUGGAUCCCGAGUCGGCGCGGACUCGGCGGCGUUCGCGUCGAGCCAGCUCGCAACCUGUCCGAGUGCGCCAUGAAGUCAGCGAUGAGGAGCUUCCCGGUGAAGUACAUUCAGCCGAAUUUCGACAUGCGUUUCAGAGCUCGAAGCACCUCAUGGCUGAUUUGGAAAACAUUCUGAGAAGCUCAGCUCUCCAAGCCGAAGAAAGCUCCACCAUCCACGCAUUGUAUGCGGAGGCUGUCAAACUAGCUGAAUUCCAAUACCCAUCGACCCGGAUCGUGGGGUUCGUUGGCGAUUCUGGCGUAGGGAAAAGCAGCCUCCUCAACUCGCUUCUAGACACCCGGGCACUUGCAAGAACAAGCAACAGCGGUGAAGCAUGCACCUGCGUUGCCACCGAGUAUCAUUAUCACCCCGAGGGGACCUUUCGUAUCAAGACGAAUCUUUUCACGGUCGAGGAGCUCAGAGACCAGCUGAGAUCCAUGCUACGGUGCUACCGCUGCUUUCACCUCCAUGGCCAUGCUAUGAAAGGUGAAGAAAAACGCGACCUCGAGUUGGGUGCUAAACUCGCCAUCGAUACGUUUAGGGCCAUGUUUCAUGGCCGACUACGCAAUGAAGACUUUCUCGUCACGUUUACCGAAGACACCGGCCUUGAAGUCUUGUCAAGUUGGGCGGAAGAAUUCAGACCUUCCGAGAGGCUUAUGCAGCACUCUGAGCUAUCCCUUCAGGACUGCUCAAACAUGCUCGCGCGGUUGUCUUCGCAGGUUGGGGCAACUGCCCAGCCGGCGGCCUGGCCAUAUAUCAAAAACAUCAAUGUCUUCUCCAACGCCACUAUCUUAAGCACAGGGCUCAUUCUAGUCGAUCUGCCAGGGCUCCGGGACUUGAAUGCCGCUCGCCGCACCAUCACCGAACGCUACCUAGUCCAAUGUGACGAGAUAUUUGCUGUUUGCAACAUUGGUCGGGCGUCCACCGACGAGGGGGUCAGCAAUGUAUUUGAGCUGGCUCGACAAGCGCGACUCUCUAAUGUCGGCGUUGUAUGCACACGCUCCGAGGAAAUUCAAGCCGAGGAGUCCAUAGUAGGUUUGACAGGCGACCGGGCGGACAGAAUCCGACAAAUGAUGGCCGCCAUUGCCACCGAUAAGAGAGACGCACGCCGUGUGCAGGACGAGUUGGAUGGCUUUGGGAAUGAAGAUCUCUCCGAUCUCUCCGAUCUUUCCGAAGACGAACGGGAGGAUUUGAUUGAGCUGACGAGGAGAAUGGAUCGCAUCAGCCUGCAAGCCUACCUCGUUUCAACCCGCAACGAGUCCGUGUCGCAACAGCUGCGAGGCAUGUACAGCGGAAGCACACCGGACCAGCAAACCAGUGUCUUCUGUGUCAGCAACAAAGAAUAUUGGGAUAAUAGAGACAAGGAGCGAAACACCUUCCAACCACAUCUUCAACUCAGUGGGAUUCUUGACGCUCGCAGACACUGCAUGUCGGUCGUUGCGAGUAGCCAGCGCCGUGCGACUAUGCACUACACGAACGAUCAGAUCCCAGCAUUCCUAGCCCAGAUUGAUCAUUGGGUUCAGUCGGGUGCGCGAUCUGCCAGCCAAGAACGUCAAGAGAUGAUCCUCCGUACAUUGGACGAUGUUGAAGCACAGAUGAGCAAUGCCAUGAGCUCGAGGACCAGCUCCAUCAACCGUUUCUCGACUGAUUCAAUGCGACUCUUCACUAGUCAUGUCUAUCAAGGGAGAGACAUAACCUCUUGGAGCCGCUGUGCUGCUCAUGCCAGUCAGGUGUGGGACGGGUGGAGUCACCCAACAUACUCAGCAUUUUGCCGCAACUACGGAAACUAUUGCACGUCUAAAGUUGGCUCACAUAACUGGAAUGAAGAAGCCAUUCAUGCCAUGGUUUGUGAUCUCGAAACUCCGUGGCGAGAGUUUCGCUCCGCACUCAGCCAGGUGGAGAGGGAUGUUCUUGACGCUGUAGAUGCACUGACCAGCAAUCUCAUUGAGCGUUUCGAGACUGAUUUUUCGAACAACUUGGACACCCCGACGACGCUGAUACAGACUCUAUCAACACAACAGCGGCUACUCACAGAUGCCAUCGACCAGGCUCAUGAGAAACUUGAAGAGGACAUGACUCGUUUUCACGCCGUGGCUCUUUCAGGAAUGAGAAGCUCUUUGAUCGGGCAGUGGAUGGAACAACCGUACCAAAGAAGCAUCCUCGACCGUGGCACAGGGAGCGAUGGCCGGCGGAAGGAUAUCAUACGGGGCGCCCUGAGCGACCGACUUCUAUUCGAGACAUUGAUGCGCGAGUUCAAAGCUGGAUGUAAAGCUCUUGUGGAAGCGGCUCAAGAGAAAAUAUCCAAUGCGAAGGCUGCCUAUCUUGAUAUAGCACGGCGAAAUUUUGGGCUUGUGCGCGACGGAAAUGCGAUGCGAGAGAGUGAGCUGGAUCCACAACUUCGGAGCCGUCUACAAGAGGCUGUGAGACAUGGCCGGAACACACUUGCCCAGGCUCAAGCUGUGUUCUCCCGUACGGAACUCCAAUCGCUAUCCUAG